AUGAAGGAGCUAGAGCGGUUGGAGGCUGAACGACGUGCUAAAGAGAGACAAGAGGAUGAGAGACGUAUUGCUGAAAUUCGUGAGCAUGAGAGACGUAACGCAGAAUUGCGCGAAAAGGAGAGACGUGAGGCAGUUGAACGUGAGGCGUUACGCCGUCGUGAGGAUCGACGAAGCCGUGAUAAACUCGAUCAGUUGGCUCGUGAAAUCGAGGAGAAGGAGAAAAUGGAAGCCGAGAAGCGACGUCUACUGUCGCAAUUAGAUGCCGAUAACAGACGUCGUGAUACGCUCACAUCGCACGAGACACUCGAAAAACUCACUAAAGCUCCAUAUUUUUCAAGAGAAAACCUAUCGCAACCAUUUGGAUCGCGUGAAAAUCUGGAUGAUGUGACCACAAAGGUUGAACGACAAGUCAUCGAGAGAGUUGAUCGAACCUAUUGGGCUGAUGAGCCAAGGUAUUUUUAA